GACUUUGCCCUAAAGGGAAGUGACACUACAGGAAGAGAAGCAGAGCAGAUUCCCGGCUGCCACGGCAGAGUUUGUUUAAAAGAAAAAGUAGAAUUUUCUAAUGUGGAAUGGGUCAAACCAGUAGCAGUGAAAAUGUGGGAUCUGGACCUACCACUAAUUUUUACAACAACCAGAGCUUUGAAGAGGCUCAGACGGCAGCAGUGAUCUGUCAGACGGGGAAGGUUAAUGUCUCGGUGGUCUCUUCCUCUGGCCCCUACAAUACCGCUUCCUAUCCUCAGGGUGUGGCAGAAGGUGGUAAUAACCAGCAGUAUGGUCAACCUCCACCUGACUACUUCAAUGGUUUAGAGGACAGUGGUUUCAGCAACGCCACUUUACGAAGGGGCUUCAUAAGAAAAGUCUACUUGACCUUGAUGCUCCAGCUCCUGGUGACAGUCGGGAUCAUCUGCGCUUUUCUUUACUGGGACGCUCUGAGGAUAUGGGCGAUCAACACCUACUGGUUCACCUAUGGCAUGAUGGCGGUGACGCUGGUGCUCAUCGUGGUCAUGUCCUGCUGUGACACCUUCCGUCGUCAGGUCCCCUUUAAUUUCAUUGCCCUGGGCAUCUUUACGAUCGCAGAGGGCCUGAUGCUGGGAUCUGUGGCAGCGUUGUUUAAAGUCGAGCCGGUACUGUGGGCCGUGGGGGCGACAGCGCUGGUGUCGUUUUCCUUGAGUUUGUUUGCUUUGCAGUCAAAGUUCGACUUCACCACCAUGAACGCAUUUGUGUGGGUGUUUGCCUGGACUCUCCUCUCGUUUGGACUGCUCUGUGCAAUUCUCCAAACUAAGUUUGCAUACAUCGCAUACGCCUGCCUGGGAACCUUGCUGUUUUCUUUGUACUUGGUGUUCGACACGCAAUUGAUCGUGGGUGGAAAACACCGGAAGUAUGAGGUGUCUCCCGAGGAGUACAUCUUCGCUGCUCUCAACCUUUAUUUGGACAUCGUCGGUCUGUUUCUGCUGCUGCUUCAACUCAUUGCAAUAUGCGACAGCUAACCAUUGGUUAGGCAAAACAAAAAAACAGUAUACUGCGUUAACAUUUGUGGUGGGUUGUGAUUAAAGAAAUUAAAAAGCCAUGUAAAUAAUUAGUCUGGAAUAUUUUAAUUUGUUUUAAAACAACAUUAUUUUUUAUAAUGAGAAAAGUAGUUUGAUUCAAAUGAUCUGGUUUACAACUGAUUUAAUGAAAGAUUUGCAUGUGAACAACAGAGACAUCUGGUUACUUUGUUAACUAUUAUAUUUAUCAGCUUUUCUCUAUUUGCCUGCAGUGUGUAUGGACCUCUCAGUGUUGCAGCCUAACAUUCAACAUUUUAACCUGAACUCAUUAUCUGGUCUUUUGUGGGCAUGCUGAGCUCAGCUAGUGUUAGUGCAGGUGUCUAUGCAGUGACAUGUUUGUUGAUCGAUUUAUGAUGACGACAAAAUUGUUAUCAUUACAUGCCAUUAUUGUCGCAUUUAACCAAUCUGCAAUCAGGAUUUCUUUUUUUCUUUUUUACCAAAAAACAAACAUUUCUGUCUACACUGUUCACUAAACUAUCUUGUGCUCUGAAGCCACUGGUGAAUAGAGUUCAGGUACAUUACUGCCACCUACUGGGCUGGAGUGUGUGCAACAGCGUAACUGGUGUAGCGUAAAUUAGCAAAUUAAAAAACAAAUAAAUAUUUUUUUAAAAGCUC